CGGCGGCGGCGGGGGGAGCGGCGGCCGUUGCGGGGCGCGCUCUCGGGCGGCGGCGGCGGCGGCGGCGGCGGCCCAGCGAGCCCGGCGGGCGGCGGCGCGGCGCGGAGCGGGGGCUGCCGCGGCGGCGGCGACGGGGCGCGUGUGGCCGGGGCCCGGGUCCCGGCGCGCCCUCCGCCCUCAGAAAUGAGCCGCCAGACUGCGACAGCGUUACCGACUGGGACCUCCAAGUGCACACCGUCCCAGAGGGUGCCCGCCCUGACGGGCACCACUGCGUCCAACAAUGACCUGGCCAGCCUCUUCGAGUGUCCCGUCUGCUUUGACUAUGUGCUGCCGCCCAUCCUCCAGUGUCAGAGCGGCCACCUUGUCUGUAGCAACUGUCGCCCGAAGCUCACGUGCUGUCCCACCUGCCGGGGGCCCCUGGGGUCCAUCCGCAACCUGGCGAUGGAGAAGGUGGCCAACUCCGUCCUCUUCCCUUGUAAGUACGCCUCCUCCGGCUGCGAGAUCACGCUGCCGCACACGGAGAAGGCGGACCACGAGGAGCUCUGCGAGUUCCGGCCUUACUCCUGCCCGUGCCCCGGCGCGUCCUGCAAGUGGCAGGGCUCGCUGGACGCCGUGAUGCCGCACCUGAUGCACCAGCACAAGUCCAUCACCACGCUGCAGGGCGAGGACAUCGUCUUCCUGGCCACGGACAUCAACCUGCCGGGCGCCGUGGACUGGGUCAUGAUGCAGUCCUGCUUCGGCUUCCACUUCAUGCUGGUCCUGGAGAAGCAGGAGAAGUACGACGGCCACCAGCAGUUCUUCGCGAUCGUGCAGCUGAUCGGCACGCGCAAGCAGGCGGAGAAUUUCGCUUAUCGACUCGAGCUAAACGGUCACAGGCGGCGAUUGACUUGGGAAGCCACUCCGCGGUCGAUUCACGAGGGAAUCGCGACAGCCAUCAUGAACAGCGACUGUCUAGUCUUUGACACCAGCAUCGCACAGCUUUUUGCAGAAAAUGGCAACUUAGGCAUCAAUGUAACUAUUUCCAUGUGUUGAAGUGGCAAUCCGACGUUUUCUGGCCAGUGUUUAACCAUUGCGUUCACUUUCAGAGAACGGGCCGCCUCCGCCCGCCCCCGAGACUGUCGGUAGGUGGCGCUAGUCCCAUGAAGGUAAAUAAACGGAAAGGCUGUUCAAUACAGGAAACGGCUGCAUGUAGUAACACUAAUAUAUUUAAAAUAAGUCAACAGUAAACCACUGAAAAAAUAUAUAUAUACACCCAAGACGGGCAUCUUUUGUAUUAAGAAAGGAAGCAUUGUAAAAUAACUCUGGAUUUGUGCUUGUUGUAGAUUGAGUGUACUGUUGAAAACUACUUUUGUUUCUGGGUGUGAGUGGGUGAGUGUGUGAGUGCGUGUGCGUGUUUGGGGUUUUUUCUUCCUUUAACUGACAAGCCAUGUUGAGUGGUCUUGGGCCACUGCUUCCCCUCUUUUGAGUCAAUACAUAGUGCUGCUGUGUGUGUAUAUAUUUUUUGUGUGUAUUUGCUAAUUUUUAUUAAUUCUAGUUUUUUCAUUAAAUAAAUUUGACUUUCUUUUCUGUAAUUCAACCAUUUCCCAUCUUUUUUUUUGUACCUUUUUUAAAGUUAGUGUUUUUUUUGAUAUGCAUACUUGUCUAAGGUAAAGUUUAUACAUAUGUGUUCCAUACAUAUUUUUUCUCCCCAUUAAUCAGUUUAUUAGAAAUACUUUAAAUUCAGCCAUCUUGUGAAGAUGCGAGUUCCAGAAAGGCGAGGGAACACCGGGAGGAAGAUCAGAAGCUGCUUAUCGCACCUGGAAGAUGGUCGGUCGGUCGGUCUCUUUCUCUCUUUUUUCCCAGUUGAGUCACGCCUUCAAAUUUAUUUUUUCAAAGGUAGUAGGAUAUACUAAUUUUAAAAAAAUAUU